AUGACGUCACCUAGUCGCUGCUUUGUCAUCUCCUUUUUCCAUUAUUCACCAUGCCCUCAGUCCCCAAACGCCCUCCUUCAUCCCUCCUUUCAGUGGAUUAAGGAGGCGGACGAAGCCGUUAAGGCGGCUAAGGUGAAGGCGGAAAACGUACAUGGGAGGUUGGAUCAUAGUGAUAAUAAUGGUGUUCCAAAGACUCCGAUUGGUCAAGGAGUUAAGCAGAUUAAUGAGGCUAAAGGAAAAGUUAGUCAAGUUGAUGGUCAGUUGAAAAGUAUUCACAGUGAUUUAGGUAAGUGGAAAGAUGCGGCAAGCGGUGUGCUUGGCACAGCGGUUGGAAAGGCUCAGACAGUGCAUGGCAAGUUGGAUCCUGAUAAAAGUAAGUCGACGCUUGGUGGUAAAAUCGGAGAAAUUGAAGACGCAAAAAACAACAUUAUUAGCGCAAAUUCGCAACUUAAAUCACAAGUCGACAGCCUUAGUAAUUGGAUCUCCACCGCGGAGGAGAUCCGCCAAAAGGCCCAGCAGAAAGCGGAAGAGGCUUAUAGUAAGUUGGACGUUCACGCCGAAUUGAGUAAGAAAAUUGGAGAUAUAGUGACUGCGAAUAAGAAAAUUAACGAAGUUCAUAAAAAUUUUGGUGGACAUCUUGGGAGUUUGAAUAGUUGGAAGCAGCAGGCCAGGACAGUGCUUGACGGGGCGAUUGACAGGGCCAAUGAGGUGUAUGAGAAGUUGGAUGUUGAACAAACAGGUAAAGGAGAUUUGAAGACACAGAUUGAGCGAAUUACGUCCAAUAAUCAAGCAAUUCAGAAUGCAAAUAAAACUCUUGGCGAAAAUGUCAAGAAUCUUGGGAGUUGGAACUCUGCCGCCCAGGGUGUCAUUGGCAAGGCGGAGGUGAAGUGUGAUGAAAUCUUGGAGAAAGUUAGUACCACAAAUCCUAAAGGUAAGAUUUUUGAGAAUGCUGAAAAGUUACGAGAUGAGGGUAAAAAACUUUUGGAGGCUGCGAAAGCGGCCAAGGAUGCUGUUGAGAAUAAUGUUACUGCGGCGCUGAAGGCCGUUGUGGCCAUGGACACAAGUCUUAAGAUGGAUUUGAAGAAAGUUAAAGAUAAGAUUAAGGAAGGGAUACAUAGCGUGAUUGAGCAGUUGCAGGUUACUAAGUUGGAUGGUUUGGUGAAGAUUGAUUUGGGGACGUUGAAGAGUAGGAUUGAGAACCUUUCCUCAACAGUGGAGAGUAGUGAUGCAGUUACCGGUAAUGGGUUUGUUGGUAAGCAAUUGCAGGACCUUGAAAACCACAGGAAAGGCAAUCUGGAUACUGUUGUUACAAAUAUUCAAGAGCAGACAAAUGUUGAGCUUCAGAAAAAUUUUGAUCAGCAUAUCCAAAGUCCGCUUAACGAUAAAGUCCAAGAAGUUGACUCGGCGAUUGGGACGCUUGGCGGGAAGUUUGUUACUAACGGCAACGAUGAGGAAAAGAAGUGCCUUCAAAAGAUCUUUGAAGAGAUUCACAAAAAAGUUAAGGAGAUUAAGGGGAGUGCUGGAAGUAAAAGAAGUGGUCAAUGGAAAAAUAACUCAGGCCUCGACGGUGUUGCUGAGAGAGUGAAGGAUCUUGCUGAGGCGUUUGUUCAGAAGGGAAGUAAUAGUUUUAAGGCGAGAGUGGAAGGAUGGCUUGAGGGCAUUUUGGGCAUGGGUUGGAAUAACAAAGGUAAGGGCAUGAAAGCCGUGACGUCCUGGCUUGAGCAGUAUCAGAAUGCGGCUAAGAGGAGAGGGCAUAAUGAACAAGCACUGAAAGAACAAGUUAAGAAUAAGAUCAUGAAUGAGCUUAACAGCCAAAUUGGUGCAGCGCAAGGGAAGAUUGGUGCAGUGAAAGAGGGCAUUAAAGAAAAUCUCAGUGCCAUCGUAAGCGCUUGCGAGACGUUCGUCGAGAAACUUGAUGAAAAGAUUAAGAAGGAUGCAAUUGAUCACCUUGUUCAGCAGAUAGUUCCGAACAUUCAGCGUUGGAUGCAGGGGCAGAGCGUUCGGAAUUUUAAUGAAGACGCUGAUCUCAAGUGUGCCAUACGCUACACCCUCCUUGCGCUCUGCGCCGGCGUCAAGCAGGUAGCCACCGAGAUAAAUUCAUUAGGUAUCGGCAAGUUCGGUGAAAUCUUGGACAAUAUAAAGCCGACUGUAGAUAAGUUAGAUGAGGCACUUAAGGCGGUGACUAAACCCAAGCAACCCGGACCAUCUCCACCCGGCAAUAAAGAAAGCCCCGCCCAAGCCGUGGACAGUAGGUUGGAGGAAGUGAGGAAUGAAGUUAGUACAGAAAUUGAAAGGAAGUUUAGAGAUGAAGUCACAAGAGAUCUUAAAAGUGCAGUUGGUGGCCUUGAAGAAGCAGUUAACCAGUUCGACGGUGUAGCUCAAGAGCAGAUCAGGGCUGCCGCCACGACGGCCAUCACCAAGGCGGCUGGGGAGAUUAGUAAGGAUGGCGUUAUAACACUCGGCGGUACAAAUAAACUGAUGCAAACGUUUAAGGAUGCUUACGAUCCCAUUAAAAAUAAUCUCCACAGUGACCUCAAGAAGCAAGUUGACCUCCACAUUGGGGAGGAUGAUCCGCCAGCCCCGGCAGGUGGUCAGGGUGGUAAAGCAGGUAAAGUGAAAAUUGAUAAAAAUAAUUUUCUUAAUUAUGAUUCUCACGUUGAUCAAAAAAGCCUUGAGAAAGUGGACAUCAGUAAAACAGAUACCCUAGAAAGCCUACAAGGCCAACUCCCCGGUGAGAUCAGCAGCAUUAGCACUGUGGGUCUGAAAAGCCUCACUGAACUCAUCGGUCAACCAGGCGGCAAAGCAGCAGAAAUUACUAAAGAUACUUUUGAUAAGCCGUUCACCCAACUUAAGACACAGCUUGAAGCGAUCAAGAAAUUGGUUGAUGGUGAACGCUCCGGCAGUUCAUUUAUGGAAGGAGACCCGAAUGAAGGCAUCAAGGACUUUUUACGUAAUUUAACAAGUAUGCUUGGAAGCAGCGUUUUUGUUGACGGUAAUAAAGGUUUACAUGAAAUCACAAAGGCAAUUAACAAUCUGAAAACAGGGACGUAUGAUCCCAAGAGCAGUGAAAUUGAGGGAGCCGUCAAGGGCAUUAAAGGGGAGCUUGAAAGGCUCAGGGAGAAGUUGAAGAAUGAUGCAAAUGGAGGGCAAGACAACGAUGUGAUUGACGACCUAAGUGACUUGAGAGACAACGGGCUUGGUGAAGAGCCAGGCAAUUGGACAACCAAAAGUGGAAGUAAACUCGACGGUCUCGGGAGCAUUACUAAGGAGCUUCAGACGCAGAAUGAGAAGCUGCCGGGGGAGACGGAAAUUAUCGAUAAGGCUCUAAUAGAAAUUAGGUGGGAACUUGCGAAAGUUAGAAUUGGAUUGGAUAAUUUCUUUCAUGAUAAAGACAUUCUAGGCUAUAUGGAAGAGUUGCAGAAGAAGAUUGGCAAGGACCCUCAAAAGCAGGACGAUGACAGUCUCACAAAAAUCCAAAGUGUGAUCAGUGGCCUGCAAAGCGGAGCGUUCAGUGAACACCCGAAUAAAAUGGGCGAAGCCAAGGACGAAAUUGUAAGUGAACUCAAGAGGCUGCAAACAGAGUUGCAAGGCAGUAAAGGGGAUGACGUGAUUACCACACUGGAAGAUCUGAGGGACACAGGGCUGAGUGGAGAGGACACAUGGAACGUUGACAAUAGGAAUGAAAAAGGCCUCGCAAAAAUUCAUACUGACCUUAGCACUGAACAAAGCACGCUGAAUCAGCAACCACAAAAAAUACAAGGUGGCGUCACCCAAAUCACCACGGAGCUUGACGACCUAAGGAAUGAGUUGCAGGGUAAGGAUGUCGGUGAGCCAGAUAAAAGAGGCGUGAUAAGGAAUAUGGACGACGUGAUUGAGAAGAUUGGGAAAGAUGAAAGUAAAGGACUAAAUAAAAUCACCAAGGACAUUGACAGCCUCAACAGGGAGACAGUCCCUCUGGUCAACAAGCAUCUGGGGGACCUGUGCGCCAGGAUCACAAGCGAAGCCGGCAGUGUCGACUGGCAGUUGAAGCUGUUCAAAGAGGAUAACAUCGACAAGGGAUUGAGUAACAUAAAGGAGCAAUUUAACGCGCUUAACAUCCGUGACCUCCAGGAGGCCAUCGCCAUGUGCGCUGACUUCCUCACCAACGCCGAUUACAUAAAAUGGGAGAAAGUAGAAAACAUUGAACGCUUCGUAGACAGUGAGAUUGAAAAGGCAAUCGCGGAGCUCAGCAAGCAGGCGCGGCGUGACUACGUGGAGUCCGCCAGGGACGCGCUGAAACACUUCGCCUUAAAGGCGGAGAGUGAGCUGGGGGAGCUGCCUGAGGAGAUAAACAGGGAUCUCUUCAUGGGCUACAAGGGCUUCAUGAAAUACGUGUACGGACAGAUCGACAGCCUCGAAAGCGUGAGGGAAGAGAAGGAAAUUGCCGUCAUAUCCUCCGCAUUCCACAGCUUCUACGCCCCGGUCAACGAGUACGUCAGCAGUGAGAUCCGGAGGGAGCACAGGGAGCGUGAGGGCGAAAAAAAUCCCCUGCUCCCCAAGUCCCAGGAUCACUACGCUGACAGACUUAGUGCAGUUCACACGGCGCUCAGCGCUCUGCUCACCCACAUAACCGGUGCGCAACGCUACGGCCAUGAGGUCCGUGGUCUGCUUGACGCGCUUGACAAGGCACUCGCCGGCCUCAGGCCGGAGUGCUUCGCCAGGCCAAGCACGGCUGUGAUAGACGGCGUGACGGACGGGCUCAGUGCCUUCGCCGCCGAGCUGAGGAACGCGUACAUCAGUGCGUACUCCGGCGCCGCGCUCACCGGUGACUUAGUCAGCAGUGAGGCCGUGAGCGAGAGAAGCGUCACCGUGUUGACGCCCUACGGCGAGAAGCUCUCUAAGGUCUUCCUCAGCGUGGCGCCGAUACUCGGCACUUCACUCGCCGAGUUGAGGCUCAACUGCAGGAGCCUCGCCGGACAGCAUCUCAACAGAUCUACGGACCUCGGCAGACUCCUCGGCGAGAUGGGCUACAGAGUCCCAGACGACGGCGAGCAGGACGGCGAGUUGGACAGCCACGUGACCGGUAGAGGAAUUACCAUGCUCCUUGUCGGCGAUUAUAAGCGUGUCUUCAACUCUGAUAAGGACACCAAGAAUGCGCUCGGAAUUCUUCUCGAAUGUCUCAACGAUUAUUACAAGGCGUGUCACUACGCCACACUCUCCUCCACCAGGACGCCGUGCUCAGUCUACGAGAUGCUCGUAUGGCUGACGGGCCUUAAGUACAACUGUGUCUAUGAUAAGUUGCGUAGAUGCAUUAAACUGUGUUACAGCGAGCAGACUGAGAAUAGCCUCUAUCCCGCCACUUUCCCUGCCGACGCUUUGGUGGACGCCGUUGACACGCUCACCUCUCACUCUCCCAGCAUCCUCACCAGAGUGCUCGGCUACGGCAGUGCUCUGACAACCUACGCCUGCGACUUCCAUAGCAACUCCAUGAGACUGUAUUACCCGCAGGACGGCGAGGAAUGCCUGCACAUGAUGCUUCAUUGUUGCGCUCCUCCUGUUACUGCUAUGCCUACCCCUCACCCGGAGUGCACAGAUAAGUCCCCUCUAAUGUCGUACCUCAACGACUGCCUGCCCGGCCACCUGCCUCAUCAGGUCAGCGCCAUCGGAUGUGAGCCUCAAUGCAACACGUGUCCCAGUGGACCAAGUGGAAUGCCCUGCCUCACGCCGCUCGGCUUCCGGGGUUUCUCCGGCAGCACCAAGACGGGCAAGGGGCUGUGCAAAGUGCUGACCAAAUUGUUCACCAACGCCCAUCUCUCAUCGCUGCUCAGCCUCUGUCCCAGGCCGCCGGCCACCUUGGCUGAGCACAUAGGCUUCGCCCUGUCACUCGUCAACGACUGGCACGACGGCAGUAUUGUCUCCAAGAACGGCCUCCAGAAGGCACUCGAGGCGUCCGCCUCUGCCCUCUCACUCCGCCUGUACAAGCAUCCUCACCAGCUGACCAUGGCACUCACCGCCGCCUACGGCUCGGACUCCGCGAAACACGGCGGCUGCAAGCACCCGCACCUGACGCACCUCGCAGGCACUGACGUCUGCACCAGGCACCAAGCUUCGCCCUUCCUUCAAUCUCUCUGCCGCGACUCCUACGACAGCCUCGCCCACCGACACUCAGGCCUCUACCUCUCAUGGGCCGUCUACCUCCCGUGGACACUGUAUGAUUUGUUGCUGUGCCUGUACACCGCUUUCUGCAACAUCUCCUGCCGCGACUGGGGCUGCAGUGAUUGCCUUCAUGAAGGCCCCUGUGACGAGGGAAGCCACGGUAUCCUCAACCCGCAGCCACCAGAGCACGGCUGCCACUGCCGCUCCACAGUCCAGUGCAGGGGCGUCAUGCCGACGCUCUACCAGUACGGCCUCGCCUUCAGGGACGCAUCGGCGCUGCUAUCCCAAGACGCGACGUGCUCCAGCUUCUCCACGCAGCUGAGCAACAUCCUCAACUCAGAGCAUUUCCGAGACCUCUUCGACAGGUGCGAUGAGUUCCUCUUCCACAUCCGCCUACCCUUCCUCCUCACCCUGGCAGCGCUCUGGCUCACCGCCCUCGCCUACAUCCUCGUCUCACUCCUCUACCGCAUGGACGUCUUGCGCAUCCGCUCCCACCUUCUCACCACCAGGGCCUCCCACCUCAUCGACGUCAAGGCGCUGCUCGCCGGAAGCCGCAGGAUGCUCUCACUCUACAAGGAAGUAGAUUACUUCGACGAUGACCUUAACUCAUGA